CUGUGAUACUGCCCGGGUGCCCAAACCGAAGCAGGUGGUUUUCUUAGGGGGCCACACCCCGAGCCUUCGACCUGAAGGUCUGAUCCACAAGGCAGUGGAGCAUCGUGAGGAGAUGCAGUCCCAUGGAAGCCGGUGACCAACAAUUGGUUCAUUCGCCAUUUGUUCCCGCAGGAUACUGGAGCCCAUGUGCACCAUUGGUUUGGAAUCCGGUUAAAGCGCCGGACAUUCGCUUUUCGUCCUCUCAUUUUCGUGAACAACACCCCCGCCACGAGAAGGCAGUGAGUAGGACUUCCCUGGCAGAGGCUAUAUACGCGUGGCCGUAUGAGAGUAUUUCGAGAGGGAGAGCGGACUCUCCCCACUCUCGGCCGUACCAGGGCAUUUGGGGGCUUGGUCUCGUGUGCUGUUACGGGUAUGAGGGCUGGUGUCACUUCCCGGCUGCCCACACCGUGGAAGGGUAUUUCUUGAGGAACCUGAAAAGGAAAUUGCAUUAGUGUUGGUCUUGACGACCUGGGAGCGUGACCGCAGAGCCCAAGGGACAACUGCUUGAGGCCGGUCGCGCACGGCCUUUUUGUGGAAGGAUUUUGACGUGUUAGCUCUGUUCUUCAAAGGGCCUUAGCGCCGGAGACGGAAAUCCGUGAGGUAAGGUGAGGUGUGACAUUUUUAGGGUCGACCUUUUCUAGCCCCACCCCUCCUUGUGGGAAGGCAGCAUCGCUUUCAUGCUGGUUGUCUGAGGGAAACACCUUACUGCUGUCACACCUCUCUACAGUCAGCAGUACGACUUCGCCCUCGGACCUUGAGUUGCUGCUUUUAGUCUUACCGUUCACCAAUCGACCUGCCUGGCAUGGUAGAACCUACAGGAACAUAUGUUCCAGCCAAUAUAGCUCGUUUGGGUCAUCACGAUAGGCAAGUCCGACCACCGCGUCAAGGUAGCAGCUUCGGUCAGGGCUACCUUUACAUCUGGCUCUUUGUCUAAAACCAUUAAUACUCCGCUAGUCUGCUUCGGUUUGGGCAUCCGGGCAGUAUCACAGCCCUCACACAUAUCAAAUGAAAUUUGUGUGGCGCAUGUCCUUGGUGCCUCCUUGUACUAAUAUCUAUGUGUUAAAAUAAUAAUCCACUAGGGGUCCCAACAAACGUAAAUAAUUUUUUGAAACACAUGUGGUCAAAAAUCGGUAAGGUACGUGGUGUUUUUGUUUGAAGAGUUGUAUAUCAAGCCUUAAAAUUAAUACAGAGCAAAUUACUGCGCAAUAACUCUAAUAAUCGUAACGGACAAUUCAGAUACGACUGGGUGUAUUUUUGCGUUAUUAGAAAGCUUAGCGGACUGUGCUUUAUAUGAAGUUGUUCUACCUGCCUCUGGCCUUUAUAAAGUGAGGACGUUGUGUUUUUUUUGAACCAGAUAGUUAUAAAUCUACUAACCUAUGAAAGCUAAGCGGAAAUGACAGACACUAUGAGAACUAUUACAAGUGAUUUUUUUAAAUCAUAUAUAUAUUCUGGAAUUGCUAUGAUCUAAAUCGGCUUAUUAUUGUAUCGGUAAUUUUCACAAUCGUCGCUUCAGAUUACCCUUUUCCCUCUUAAAGGAGCUCAUGGUUUGCGUGCAUUACAUCCGUAGAUUAUUAGUAUUGUUUCAGAGUAUAUACAAAGCUUAUUGACCCUUCCUAAAUGUCAUUGAAGAAUUACUUCCUAAAAUAAACAUGCGACUUCAUAACUAUCAAUAAAUAUAUGCUCACUUUUCGUCUCUCGUUUUAGAUUCUUGAAUGACUCUAGAAGAAUCUAGUAACUUACAUCAGUCACUACCAUCAGCAAGUUUUAGUGGUAGUUACCUGGCCAAUACCAACCAGAUUAACAGUUCAUAUCAUCAUCAAAACAGUCAAAAUCCUACGAAUUAUCCUCCAUUAUUCCAUCCUGCAGCUGUAGCAGCUGUUGCUGCUGCAGCUGCAGCGGCUGGGUACACACAACAGUUCAAUCCAGGUGUUAUAAGUCGUCCACUCAACCUGACUGCUAAUCACAAUGGUUCGAAUCCAUAUUUCUCUUCUGCAGACACAAGCAGAGCUUAUUAUGCCAGCUUCGCAUUACAACAGUCUGGAUUUUAUCCUGGGUCCCAUACUUUCAAUAACUUGGGAGGCAUGAAUAUUCCUCAGGAUUUUUCAUUUCCGAAUCCCACUACCUCCAUUCCUUUAUCCAGCACUGGAGUAGAAUUCCCUUCAUGUUUAUCAUCUAGUACAGCGGAGUCUGAAAAUGGUUCAAAGUUACAACGAGUUGCUGCCUCAACUAGGAAUUCCAAAACUUCCACUAGUAGUAUAAAAACACAUACAAAAUCGUCAGGCGUUCGUGGCAGGAAAUCGAUUUCGUCUGAUGAGAUGGCAAAUCGCAAACGCCAGGAAUUUAAUGAACUUGUUAAAGCCCGCACUGAGAAGCUUAUGUCCGAUGGUCCUAUUGCAAAUUCUUCAACAAAUUCUGGUCCUUUAUCAUCUUCAAGUUCAGCUGGUUCUAUAGGACCAGAAUCUGGUGGAUCACCAAACUAUCGCAAAUUGAUUCAUGCUGUAUUAGAUGCUAAAAAGUCAGCUCUUCUUAGAUCUCCAUCUGUUAUCCAAUUCUUAGUUAGUCAACAACGUUCACUAACUGAAUAUAAACGUCAAACUGAAUUAUUUUGUGUUACGAUGAACAGAUGA